AUGGGCACAGUUCUGUCCAACUCUUCAUCCGCGGCACAUGUGGAAACCAAAAGCCAUCAGUUUCACAAUCAGUGUUACCUCAAUGAUCGCGCCAGUUUAACCGACCUAUCAGACCAUUUAUACCCGAAGCGAUCAUUGAACAGGCGAAGUUCCAAUGACUAUGGCGAUCCAAGUUUGCUCGAAGUAUGUUCUUCUAGGGUGACGCAUAACGGAUGUAUUCGGAAUUCGACUUACCAGCCAGGAGGCUUGAGAUCUAGACAAACGAACUUGCUGGCCACCCCUAUUGCACCCGGCUCGACGGGCUUGAAACGGAUCAUAUUUCCGGGCCUGUCGAAAAAAACGAAACCGGUGAACCCAACCGUAACUGUCCGUAAAGCGCAACGUUCUCAGUCUGGUAUCGCGACUUUCAGGGAUCAAUGUGAAGAGACAUUGGGUUCGGUGACUCCGUCCAUCUUCCGGAGAAGAUCCAGAGGAAAUUCCUAUUUUUCAAACUACCCCCACCAUCGUGAAUUGAGGAAUAGUGGAGUCAGCUUUUCAGCUGCCUUAGAGGAUUCCGAGUACCAGCAAUCGCAACAUGAAAUCGACGCCAUUCAACCAUACACCGACGAAAGACGAGGGAGCUAUGCCAAUGGUGGCCGAACUGGUACACCUUACUGCGGACCACAUGACAGUCUUAAGCCCAUGUGCACAGCAUGCAAGCAUUUAUCGAUCUCGUGUUACCAGCCCAGUCCCGUGAAAGCUAAUCUGAAUGCAGAACCAUUUGCUGGGCUGAACUCACACAUUCAUACGUCAGACACUGUUCAGCCACCGCGACACGUACACUUCAAUUCACGCCGUCAAUUUUCAGAACCAAAUGCAUUUAUGCAAAUGUCUCAUGCAUCAUGUGUGACCUGUCUGGAACUGCUGAAUCAAGUUCCACUGGUGAGGACUAGUCCACAGCGGCCAGUCUCGAAUUGUGAAUGUCAACAUGAUAUGUAUACUGAGACUGAGAGAAGGGUUAAUCCAGUGUGCGAUUUAUCUGGAAGAAUGCAUCAACUUCAACGUUGUGCUUCGAGCCAUUCCACAAGCAGACGAGUUAUAAAAGGAAUGCCUCACCAGCACAGUCCAUCUGAUGGUGUUACUGCGUCAUCCGGAAACCAUCCCUAUCACCAUUCGAUCCCAGCCCAUUUGGGAAAUGCUCGAAUAGAGUGUUCUCCAUCCUACCGUCGUGACAAGAAACCAUAUGCUUUUUUCUCGCAGCUUUCCAUUAACGCUGCGAGCCCGACCCGAGUCAUUGGAUCACCCCAUCCAGUCAUUGCACACCGAGUUCAGUCGUCCGUUCAACCCUCUCCUGCUUCCAGUCGUAUUCCAGCAGUACCAGAGGAACCACUUACUUCUUUUGGUAAAUCUCGAGAAUACGCCGGUAUACACAGACGAAAUACAACCGUUGUGGAAAUAUCGCCACAAGUGCCAGCAAAUGAGCCUGGAAUCGAGUCUAAAGAUUUUAGCUGGGGUAAGAACCUUACCAAGUCCUUAUCUUGCUAUGCACUCAGGUUUUUCAGUCAGCAUCAUCAAGCAAACAGCUUCCGUUCUCGAGUGGUGGGAAAGACGGACACGGAAAAUUUCCCUCGAAGCAUGAUCCCCAGACUCAGGGCUGAAAAGAGCAAGCGAAAAGUUUUAGAAAAGUCUCAGGAUAAGAAACAGCCUGGUAUUUCAGCCCAGUCGAAAUCUGGACAUGAAAAACAUCAGUUAGACUGGGAUGUAGAGAGCUCACAAAGCACACUUUGUCACAGUGUACCAUGGUGUGAGAGUCGACCUGUAGUACUUUCUAAAAACACCGCCUCUCAGGCUUGCGCAGAAACACAUAAACCAGCUGAUGUUGAAGAAAAAAGGAUACCAAAUUCCAACCAACCAAUACGGAACAAUCUCCCUAAACUAUAUCUUUCCGAAUGUCAGGGACACCAAACCGAACACUGCCUGAUCCCGUACUCAACUACCUCCUACUGCGGUUUUAAACUCGAAUGUGAUUUGGCCAGCCAGUGGAUGCGCAAAGAAGGUCGAUCGAUUCACUAUUGCGCACAUUCUGUGGAUCCUAGACAAACUGGUUUCAAGGCUAGUACCAGUGAACUGCUACGAUGUUUAUCAUUUUUCGUUGUCGCUAGACUUCAGCUGGCCUCUCUGAAUACAUCGACCAGUAGGACUCGAUCAAAUCGCUUACGUUUACUGCAGCCAAAUAUUAUUGUCAACUGGAUUCGCGCAGUCGAUCGGGCAUUACUGGUUCAAGGAUGGUCAGAACUGGCAUUUAUGAAUCCGGCGAAUGUUGUCUUCUUAUUCAUGAUGCUUAAAGACUGUUUGAAAUGUGCCGUCAACUCUGAACGUGAACUUCACACCAUUGUAAUGGCCUGUCUUUACUUGUCCUACUCUUAUAUGGGUAAUGAAAUUAGCUACCCUCUCAAACCAUUCCUAAUCGCAGAAACCAAUCAAUUGCUGAUGGAGAACAACAAUGGGAAUCGAAAGGUCUUCGAUAGUGAGAAUGCACUCCUGAACGGUUUCGAGAGCUCGAUUCGUGCAAAAGUCAUAGACCAAGUACGCAACCGAUUCUGGCAAUAUUGUCUACGCAUUAUCAACGCCAAAUCCCAAGAUAUGUUACACGUCAAUGCAGAUUCGCUACGAUUUACAGAGUUAUUUAGUGAACUCAAAUCCUACGAUUCCCAGAUUUCGCCAGUCAGUGUACCGGUUCGUCUGUCAAGCACACCCAAAUAG